AUGGCAGGAAUGUUAUUUUUUUCUUCGCGGUCUUUACCGCAAAAUUUAUUACGGGCCGGAGGAAAAGCCAUUAGGAAAUCAUCUAGUACACAGGCAAGUUUUUCUUAUCCUUAUUUUCCAUCCAAUAUGUGUUAUUCACAUAGUUUGGUAAAUCUACGCCAGUUAAGAACAUUCUACCGCCUAAGUGACGCCCGAAAUUUUUGUAAAUGUUCAUCAUUAACUUCAGUUUUAUCCGAGUCAUUUGAAAAUUCUAGAAGGGAAUGGUUAAAUUGUAGGAGAAGGAUACACUUUUCACCUAUUUUAGGUAGUGAUACUAAAGAAGUUGUCGUUCCUCCAUUUGCUGAUUCCGUUUCCGAGGGAGAUGUGAGAUGGGAAAAAAAUGUCGGUGAUGCAGUUUCGGAAGAUGAAACAGUUUGCGAAAUUGAAACAGACAAGACAUCCAUAGCAGUUCCAGCUCCUGGUAAUGGUGUAAUCGAAGAGCGUUUUGUCGAAGAUGGUACCACAGUUAAAGCGGGACAAAAACUUUUUAGAAUCAAACUUGGAGGAGCACCAAAAGCUGCUGCGAAACCUGCUGCGGAAGCCGCAGCUCCUCCGCCGCCACCUCCACCACCACCACCACCACCUUCUGAUUCAGCACCUCCACCGGCUGCUAAGCCGCCAGAAGCGGCGCCUCCUCCUCCCAAGCCAGCCGCACCAAAAUCACCUCCUCCAAAACCUGCUGCUCCGAAAUCUUCGACACCACCACCUCCACCGAGGUCUAUACCAGCUUCAGGUGCAACAGUUAAGGUACCACCUGCAGAUUAUUCAAAACAAAUAACAGGAACCAGAACGGAACAACGGGUUAAAAUGAACAGGAUGAGGCAAAGAAUUGCCGAAAGGUUAAAAGAUGCACAAAACACCAACGCCAUGUUAACGACUUUUAACGAAAUUGAUAUGAGCAAUAUAAUGGAGUUUAGAAAGACAAACUUAGAAAAAUUUCAAAAGAAAUAUGGUUUGAAGCUGGGCUUCAUGUCGGCUUUUGUAAAAGCUGCUGCUUAUGCACUUCAAGACCAACCAGUCGUAAAUGCUGUAAUCGAUCCGACAGGAACGGAAAUUAUUUAUAGGGAUUACGUCGAUAUUUCGGUCGCAGUCGCGACGCCAAAGGGUUUGGUUGUUCCCGUUAUACGAAACGUCGAAAGCAUGAAUUAUCCCGAUAUAGAAAUCGCUAUAAAUAAAUUGGGUGAAAAAGCUCGUAAUAACGCGAUAGCUAUCGAGGAUAUGGACGGAGGUACUUUUACCAUAAGCAACGGAGGAGUUUUCGGUUCUCUCCUCGGAACCCCCAUAAUAAAUCCUCCUCAGUCAUCUAUAUUAGGAAUGCAUGGGAUAUUCGAUAGGCCCGUAGCCAGAAACGGACAGGUUGUCAUACGACCAAUGAUGUACGUCGCAUUAACAUACGAUCAUCGUUUAAUUGACGGUCGCGAAGCGGUCAUGUUCCUUCGUAAGAUAAAAGACGGCGUAGAAGAUCCGAGAAUAAUAUUGGCCGGACUCUGA